GUGUGUUUCUGGUUGAAUACCCUUAUUUUUUUCUGCUUUUCCGUUUUACCAUGAGGAUUUGGCCGUUGGGCGGCUAAAAAUAAACUUGCACUGUCCACUGUAGAUGCACACUGUCCAAUCGAUACACUACAGCGCCAACGGGUCCCCUAAACCGGCGACCGUGGCCCACUAGAAAAACGCCCGAGAUCCGCUGCGCGUCUCGUGUUGGGCGGGACACGCAAGGCAGGCUAGCCCCUGUGGCGUCUUCCAAAUGUUUGCAUCACGCUGCUUCCUUCGUUUCAAGUCCAACAUCACCAAAUUUUCUACGUUUUCUUUCACCACUGCCACUCGUUUUUGCUGUAGAUUGGUAUCGUUAUCUGCACAUCAUUCGCUAGCAUCUCUAUUAAUAAUUCCGUUAUUUUGAACUCGCAUUCCUUUACAUCAUCGGCCGUUACACGACACGAUACCCUCACUUCCGAACCCUCCGCCUCCCAUGACGCUCCUCCUCUCUUCCAGCCGAUGAGUUCCGCCCACGCGACUCCAACAUCCAGCUCUAGCGGAAGCCCGGGCAGCAGCAGCCAGCAGCAUUCGUCUGCCGAAGAUGCGGCAGCCGUGGCUCUACGCGGAGCGGCCCUCGCCUUUGCGAAGAAGCCCGCCGCCAGUCUACCAACCUCCAGUGCCACCACAAACACAUAUACAUAUUCACCAGCACUUUCACACGGAUCCUCAACACACAUCACCGCCGGCGGACACCCCGUGCGACUACUUUCCUCGCACGCACGCAAACGCAGCAUCGACGCCCUCGCUGCCGCGGAGAGGGCCCGCAGUCCCGCGAGGUUACUCGUCCAGCCACAUCCCCCCGCGGAAGGGUUCGGUGCAUCCCAUGACGUAGAAUCCCAGAAUGCCUCCCUCCAAGCCGCGGGUAUCGUUGCGGCCAGACUACAGCAGCUCGGCGUACCCAACCUCGUUCCCACUAGUUCGCCUCAAGCGGCGGACGCGAAUUCGAAACUCGAUGCGAAGACGAAUCCGAGCCUUAUUGCGGCGACCCUCGCGGCGAGCAGGAGUGUAAGCCCGAGUGCGGCGAAUCGAAAAGUGCGACAUGCCGGUGCUGGUGCGGAUGGCGAUGUGGUUGUGGAUGCGGCGCCGAUUCCGCCGACGACGUCACUUAUAUCCAUGUUUGAAAGUAAAGAUGAAGACGUGGAGGUGCCGGUUGUGAAAACGACGCCGGUACGUAAGCAGCAUAAACAGAAACUAGUAAGGGAGGUGUCGCCAACUGGAAAGAUUCCUGCAUCUGCCGUGGCCCUACCCAAGCUUGCUGCUGCUGCUGCGCGGCCGAAACGACAAUCGUCGCCGCCUGUUACGAGCGAAGCAUCAAAGGAAGCACCUAUGACACCAGUUGCUGUUAAGACUUCAGCUGCUUUUAAGACGCCAGUCUCUGUCAAGACGCCUGUAUCUGCUAAGCCAAAGAAGAUGCUGACGCCGCAAGCUGUGGUCGAUGCUGCAUCAGCCAAACCUCGCGUGCCGGCUGUGUCACCAACCGUCAAGACACCUACAAAGCCAAAACACCUCAGUCAACCAAAAGAAAAACCUACGCCUGAACCAAAGCCCGUCAAGGUAAACACAGAAAAGAAGGUACGGGAUACUUUGUCAUUGAAAGCAGAGCCGAAACCCGUCAGUCAACCAAAGGAAAAGCCCACGCCUGAACCAAAACCCGUAAAAGUAAACUCGGAGAAGAAGGCACGGGAUACUCCGACGUUGAAAGCAAAGCCGAAACCAGUCACCAUUCCACGCGCCGAAUCGCCUACUCCCCCUCUCAUCAGCCGCUCGACCACCGUUGUCCUCUCUCCGAAGCCUACACGAGUUGUCAAAGCCGCCUUGCGAAGCUCGUCCCCUCCUGAUGUUAUCCUGAAGCCGACAAUUGAGGUCCAAUCGCCUCCCAUAAUUCUCAAGCCGGCCAUUGAAGUGCAGUCACCGCCGGUGGCCGAGCCAAUCAAGCUGGCCAGUCCUCAGCCAAAGGCUGCGCCAACACCGCCACAGCCCAGGAGAAGCCAACGAUUCGUCAAGAGUCCCGUUAAUGGUCGUGAAAGAGGUAACUCUGAUACAAUGUCAGCCAGCCCUGCUGUCAUCAGCAUGUACGGUCUUCCUAUAUCUAUUAGGGCGCCGAUAUCGAGAGCGUCCCCGCCACCUCUCCCUGGCCGACGAGACUCUGUUGCAAGUGCACCGUCGUCGCCGUCGCAUGAGCCGCAGCGAAGACUGAAAAUCAAGACUCCAGCCGUCGAUCAGCUACAGCUCAACUCGCUCACCAGUGCCAUCAUGGCUGGCUCUCUCGCUUCAUCCCGCUUGACGCCACAAAACUCUGGAUCGCCCAUGCCACCACUACUACCUAAGCGCCAAAAGUCGCCACACUUAUUACAGACACUGCGGCGUCCUCCGUCUUCUGAUUCAGAUGAAAAUGAGCGACAGAAGAACUUGGGCAACCACCACCGCCAUAAACUGCACAGCUCAAGGCACCAGCAUCAUGAAGGAUCCCGCCGACGAUGGCGUGACAAGAUUACAGACCGUGAAAGGAAGCGCUACGAGGCAGUGUGGGCAUCCAAUCGCGGCCUGCUCCUGACAGAUGUGUCACCGUCAUCGAGCGUAGUGGGUAACAUUGGCACAGAGCUGUCAGAAUGCGUUGUGAACGUAGUGGUCCGUGAGCUGUGGCAACGCUCACGCCUUCCCGACGACGAGCUGGGUGAGGCCUGGGACCUGGUAGACCGUGAAGGACGAGGCUAUCUGACGAGGCCCGAAUUUGUAGUGGGCAUGUGGCUUGUAGACCAGCGUUUAAAGGGACGUAAGUUGCCUACCCGAGUUGGAGACUCCGUGUGGACGAGCGCAUAUGGUGGCGUAGCCGUAGCUCGGCCGCGACGAUAAAAAGGCGUUUCUUUUUUUGGCUCACAGUUUGAGCAUCAUCCAGUGUACAUUUUUACAUAGCAUCAUGAUAAAGCGAGCAAUUGACUUUUUCUUUUCUUCACC